CUACUGCGGUUAAUUUAGGCUUUCUGUCGGAACUGUGUGUGGUAGUGUUUGUUUGUUUGUUUGAGUUGGUUUUGAUAGAAAAACCCCGAUUUCAGGCGAACUAUAUCUACGAGGUUCUUGUUAUUUUAAAAGCUUUGAAAAUGCAGUCGGCAGAUGAAUUGCAAGUCAGAAAAAGAAUCUACCUACAGCGGGAUUUUUCCAAUGGAAUGGCCGUUCGCUUUCAAACCAGGUUUCCAUCAGAAUUAGACGGAAGGGUUAAUCCUGAAGAAUUUUCACAAACCAUAUCUGUGUUAAACGAAAAGUAUAGACAGGCCGAAGAAAUCUCUUUUUCUACUUACUGUGAAGGAUGCCUGGCUUGUUUAACAGGUUACCUUCUCCUGCUAUGCAUCAAUACACAUUACAAAAAGGUAUUAAAGGAAAUUUCCAAAUAUAUUGAAGAUCAGAAUAACACCAUAUACUGGCCAAAGAGAAUUCUUAUCAAAGACCCAUUUGAAUCUGGCCUAAGAUCAAUUGAAAUUGUUAUAUUCGAUGAGAAUUAACUUGUUCAGUCAGUUAUAAUGUGCAACAUGGAGUAUUCGCAAUUCAAGGAUUGAUUUUAAAGCUUCUCUUUAUUGUUUUAGAGGAUAUUUUGUUAAAAACUAAAUAAUACAUUAUUUCAAAUACAGACACCGUACAUAUUGUAUGUAAUGCAGUACAUUUACAUAUAAAGGUGUUUAAAUAACCCUUGCAACCAUUAUGGUCUCCAUAAGCUUUUUCUUUUUUUUGUUUUUAUAUUUAUUUUUAUUCAUUUUCAUGAUCUAUAUUGUAAAUGCACUAUUUGUGUUGGUGUAAAUUUGAGCUUUUUGUUACAGAAUUUCAGAAAAAUUAAGUAUAAGCCUCCUGCUAUGUCUGAACUUUAACAUAUUUUCUGCACCCGUUGCCAUUAUUGUUGUUUACAAUAAUAGGAAAAUUUAUGUGUUGUCUAAAUGUUUUCUAUUGGUAAUAACAGAAUGUAGAUAUUAAAUAAAGACAUAUAACUAACAAAUUGAAAAUGUGCGCAACAAUUAUAAGUUUAUAUCUAAAUCGGUAAAAUAACGAUUGCCUUCUAUUAUGUACAACUAUUCAGUUAUAAAUGAUCAGUUUGUGUUGUAUUUCAAAGCACUUUCACGAAAUAAAAUGUCCGCAUUUUCCA